AGCAAUAUCUCGCGAGAAGCAGAUACUAUAAAUGGGACGUUGUUAGUUCACAAUCAAAUCAAACCUGAAACGGAGUAAGUUAUUACACUGCUGGGAUCAUCAUCAUUCACCAAAAUUAACCAACUAACGUGGUUUGCAGACAUGGAAGUCGUUGAAGUCGUCAAUAACCAGAAUGUGGUUGAAAGGGUGACCAGCCUCCCAUUGGUGAGCUCCACCUAUGACAUGGUGUCCAGUGCCUACUGCACCACCAAGGAUAACCACCCCUACCUCAAGUCUAUGUGUGAGGUGGCCGAGCAGGGGGUUAGGAACCUCACCACUGCAGCGCUCACCGGUGCAGCACCCAUCAUCGGCAAGCUGGAGCCACAAAUUUCCAUGGCCAAUGACUUGGCCUGCAAAGGUCUGGAUAAGAUUGAGAAGACCUUGCCAAUCCUGCACCAGCCUUCUGAGCAGAUUGUCGCCAACGCCAAGUAUGCAGUGACCGGUGCCAAAGACGUGAUGUCCAACACCGUCACAGGGGCCAAGGACAGUGUGUCCCACACCUUGACCAAUGCAGUGGACCGGACCAGGGGUGCCGUGCAGGACGGCGUGGAGAUGACUCGUGCUGCCGUCCAGGAUGGUAUGCAGAUGACCCGGGCUGCGGUCAGCGGCAGUGUGAAUACGGUGAUGGAGAGCCGUGUGGCCCAGAUGGUCAGCAGCGGAAUGGACACGGCACUCACCACCUCCGAGAGCCUGGUGGACCAGUACCUGCCUUGCACUGAGGACGAGUUGGAAAUGGAGGCUAAAAUGGUUGAAGGAUUCGACGUGGCGAAGGAUGCACCUAGCUACUAUGUCCGUCUGGGCUCUCUGUCUACCAAGCUGCGUAAGAGGGCGUACCACAAGGCUCUGGCCCAGGUCAAAGACGCCAAGCAGCGCAGCCAGGAGUCCAUCUCACAACUCAGCCACACUGUAGACCUGAUUGAAUACGCCAGAAAGAAUAUUGACGGAGCUAACCAGAAGGUGAAAGGGAAACUGAGCUCCCUGAUUGAGUGGAAGUCUAAUGAGGAAGCCGAUGGCAAUGAGGCUGAGAAUAUAGAGUCAAAGACCCUGGCCAUAGCACGCUCCCUCACCCAGCAGCUGCAGACAACGUGCCAGGUACUGGUGUCUGGCCUGCAGGGCCUUCCCCAGAACAUCCAGAAGGAGGCGCUGUUCCUCAGCCACUCCGCCUCCCAGGUCUACUCCAGCUUCAGCAAAGCGGCAGCGUUUGGGGACCUGUCGGACGGCGUGCUGGCCAGCAGCAAGGCCCAGCUGGGCAAGAUGAAGGAGUCGCUGGAUGGCGUCAUGGACUACCUGGUUAACAACACAUCCCUCAACUGGCUGGUAGGUCCCUUUUACCCCCGGCUGGCACCACCCCCCACCGCCACAUCCUCCCAGUCUCAGAAGACACCAGCCCCCGCAGAGGUGGAGAUGAAAUCAAUGGAAUAACUAGCUGCCUGUUUAACGACUUUCUAUCCCAUAUUAUUCCUCCAUCAAAUAUCCUUAAGUCACACUAAUGAGCUUGCAUUUAUUCAGCAUGUUGAUGAAUAAAUGUUGACCAACUGUUUGUGAAUGUUGCUCAGUGUGUGCUCAAUAAUAUAGCUUAAUUUCCAUAUGCCUUUUCUUAUGCAGGACAUUGCUUUUGAUGCUACUGUUGUUUUUGACAUCACAUUAUAUCCUGUUGUAACCAUAACCUGUCAUAUAGUAGAUACGUAGAUGUUAACACCUUACCUUGUAUGCUGCCAUCUUUGUACAAUUCUAAUAAAUAAGUUAAUAUGUCA